GCCCUCAACGCGCCCGCCCUGGGGCUGCCGGGCGCCGUGCCGGCCACCAGCAAGAAGACGGUGGACUCCUUCCUCGACCUCGUCAGGUAGGGCCGCCCGGCUGCCUCCCGCGCUGGGAGGAUGAUGACAGAGCCGGCGGUGUUGCACGCUGCCGCGGGGGAUCCCCCCUCCUUCCUGCUGCUGCUCCUCCCUCGCCGGCCGCGGUGCUCAGUCCUCGUGCUGGGGGUUCCUGUGGUUCGGGGGCUGCGAUGGAGUCGGGGGUGCGGUGGACGUGUGGGGAGAUGAACGGCUUUGGAGGUGGCGGUGUUAUCGAGGUGUGAACGGCAGUGCGAGGCUGUCUGAGCUGUGCCAGCCGGGCGGGCAGGGUUGCGCUCAGCAGGGAGCCAAGCUGAGUCGGGGGGUUUGCUUUGUAGCUUUGCUCUUUCGACUGAGAGACUUACUGGUGCGUCUGGGUAAACUGAUGUGACAACGAGGGUAGAAAGUCUUGCUAAAGAAGAAAAAAGUCUGUAGUCAGAAAUCUAAGUUUAUGCCCUUUUCACCCCAUAGGGAAAUAAGAUCCACGGACCCAUCCAGUCGCCCGCUGGCAACCCUGUAUUUCAUAUCCAUAAUCUACCUCUCUUGCAGCUGAGCCUGACGAUUCUUGACAGACCACACUGAGAAGUGAUAGUAGGACCAUGCAAGUAGGUGGCCUGGCUGUGAAGGUGACGUGGAGCAGAUAAACAGUGUAGGCAGGUGAAAGAAAAUGGCAAAUGGAGGAGUCAGAACAACGGUGACAGCUGGGAAGAAGGUGACUGUUGUGGUGGCUGUCCUCAGUGUAUCCUAAUGCAGCUGGUGUAACUGGUGGCUCAUUUGCAUGCUGCCAUCCUGCACAGAGUAGGGUGAGAAAUGGGACAGGGAUGCUCCAGUGGCCCUCUGGGCAUUGUGAGUUUGCUUCUUGCUCUGGUCUGUAAAUGCGGAUGGAGAGUUGAGAAGCAUUCUGCUGGUGGUGGGGUUGAGCUGCAGAGGAAUGCUCAAGGCAAUGAGAGUUGGGCACAGUGUUCAGGUUGCUGAAUGACCUCCUCUGGAAAGCGCAGGGCCAAGGGCCCUUCCCCAGCACAUGCACGGUGACCUUUUGAAUUCAGCUUUCUCUUGGAGCUUUAUGGACAGAGAGCCAUCACUGUGCCAUCAGCUCUAAAGCUCCUGUAUUAACACAGUUCCAUCCACCUGGGGAUGGAACGAGGUGUGUGUCUUCUGGAAAUAAUACCUUUACCCUUCCCUUUAAAUUUCUCUUCUCUUCACACUGAUCUCGGUUCUUGCAUCCUUGCCUUCAGUUAAGGAGGCCUCAGCUCUGCAGGGCAGAAAUGUUGCCUUCAGCACAUGUGGAUCUCGCAGCAUCCUGCUCUUUGCUUUUCUGUUUUACUUUUGUUCCUCAAUUUUUCUCUGAGACAUGAGGAAACUCUGUUUUCAGUUGUGUCAGAGGUUCCCUGUGUCCUUUGAGCCUUCACUGCUUGGUUCCUUUCAGAUAAAAGACGGAAGGAAGGCACAGGUGGGCAAUCUGAGUCCCACAGCCACACUGAAAACACACUAAGCUGAACUAAGUCACAGCUGUGAGUCAGAUAGUUACCUUGGCUUCUGUAGAGGUGACACAGGUUGUCCUUUCCCAGAUGUUGAUCCUUUCUGCUUUUGGAAAGUAUAUUAAUGGACGACCAAAGCCAUUGCUUUCCACUGUCGCAACGAUGUCUGGAGGUCAUUUGGAUACUUGGCUGCUGCUGAGGUGUUGGGGAGGGCACAAUGCCCGUCACCAGCUAACACAUUGCACUUUAUCAGAGGGCUGUGGAACGAGCAAGAGCAAAUAUUUUGCAAGGAUCUCUAUUGAUUUGUCCACACUUCUGAUGGGUGCUUGUCAAGACUACGUGUUUAAAUAAGGGUCAUAGUUUUGCUUUGGCUUCAGUUUUUAUUUGCUGAUUCAAUGAAAUCGAACAGUUUUGCAGGAACUUCUGAUUCUAUCAGAAUUUCCAACAGCAGAUGAGCCUGGCAUUUCAUCUUAGUGAGAUCACUGUUUUGAUCUAACUUUACAUGAAAGACUUAAGUAGAAAGCCUCGCUCAUCAAAAAGGAACGUUUCAACAGACUGUUUUACAAUAGUUUUAAUGGAAGAAAAGGUCACAGACGGUGCCGUUCUUUGCCUUAUUUUGGGAUGAAAAUGUGUUUUGAAUGGCUUUGGGUUGGGAAUUCUGUUUUUUGUUUUUAAUCCGACCCUAGCAGUAACACCGUGAGUGGGAUGGGUGUAGCAUCACUUGCUUUUUAUAGGAAAGGUACACAGAGGUCCAGAUGUGUGCCUCCUGCAGUAAUGUCAGGGUUUCUCGGGAUGACAGACGAGUCUGCAGCACUUGCAUUUUAUUACUCCUUUUAUUGCUCCUUCCUGCCCUUUCUGUCUCCCUGCCAGAGGUUACCAGCUGGGCUGCCAAAGGGAGUACCCGCAACGCUGUGAGCAAGCCCAUGGAUUACCUCCUAGCGCCCUCAGAGCCAGAGGGAAGGCACGCAGGAGCUUGAGCACAAGGAAAAGCAGUGUCUGUGUUCUGCUGGCUGGGCUACAGAGCUGAGGGCCGGGAUGGACCACAGGGAAGGAGAGAAAUAGAAGGGAACUCAAGCUUUCUUGGAGGCUGCUCUUAUGCAGUGCGUGGAGCAAAGGAUGAGAAGCUUCCCCAGUUCUUUUUGCCAAAGAAACCUGUUUCCGGCAAAUCUUGUUGCUGCUGCUUUCCGAACGUAUGCGACAGAUUAUAAGAUAGUGCUCAGAAACACUACCUCUGGAAAUGUCACGUUGGAAAAGAUCCCUGUUGGUACUGAGAUUGAAGGGAUGAAUAUCUUGGGACUGGUGCUCUUUGCUCUGGUUUUAGGAGUGGCACUGAAAAAGCUUGGCCGGGAAGGAGAAGAUCUCAUUCGCUUCUUUAAUUCAUUCAAUGAGGCAACUAUGGUCUUGGUUACCUGGAUUAUGUGGUAUGUACCUAUUGGUAUUAUGUUCCUUGUUGGGAGCAAGAUUGUGGAAAUGGAAGAUAUUGUGCUUCUGGUGACCAGUCUGGGAAAAUACAUCUUCGCCUCUAUUCUGGGCCACUUCAUCCAUGGAGGGAUCAUUCUGCCACUCAUUUAUUUUGCAUCCACACGUCAAAAUCCGUAUCGCUUUCUCUUAGGACUUAUCACACCAUUUGCCACUGCUUUUGCCACUUGCUCCAGCUCAGCCACUCUCCCAUCAAUGAUGAAGUGUAUUGAGGAAAACAAUGGAGUCGACAACAGGAUCAGCAGGUUUAUCCUUCCUAUCGGUGCAACUGUGAACAUGGAUGGAGCUGCUAUUUUCCAGUGCAUGGCAGCCGUGUUUAUUGCUCAGCUGAAUAACGUUGACCUCAACGCUGGGCAAAUCUUCACCAUUCUUGUCACAGCAACAGCAUCCAGUGUGGGUGCAGCUGGGGUUCCAGCUGGAGGAGUCCUCACCAUCGCUAUUAUCUUGGAGGCCAUUGGACUUCCGACCAACGAUCUCUCCUUGAUAUUAGCAGUGGACUGGAUUGUGGACCGAACUACCACGGUUGUGAAUGUGGAAGGGGAUGCCCUCGGAGCAGGUAUCCUCAAUUACCUGAAUGAAAAAGAAAAGAGAGAAAAAGAGCAGGAGCUAAAAGAAGUCAACGUAGAAGCAGUUGCUAACAGCAAGUCUGAAGAGGAAACGUCGCCUUUGGUAACCCACAAAAAACAAGUCUCCAACACAACCAGUACAGCAGACCCUGAAUCCAAGGAAUCAGUAUUGUGAACUAGAAGCUGUUGGUCAAACACACUCUUAGAGGUGGACCAGGGACUUGUUAAUGCACCUAGACGUUUGCAGUGCUAGCAAGGGCUGGGCAGCUCUUGAAAAUUUUCAGUUCCAGUCUGUUUUGAAAUUUGCUGGUGUGGGGAAGGGAGGGAGGUGGGCUGGGAGGAAAAGGGGUGGUGAGAAAGAACACACACUUUGUAAUAGUAUUUUGAGAAUUCAUAUGUAUACGUGUAUAUAUGUGUUGCGCGUACACACAUAUACAUGUAGGUGAAAACAAUGCCAAUUGAAACUUCUGGUUUUACAAGAGAUCUAUUAGUAAAGGCUUAUAUGGGUUGGAUAUGGAGAAGCAGCCAACCCAGUAAGUGCUUACGGUAGGGAGAAAUUAGUAAGCUUAUUGUGCUGCUGUUUGAAUGGAGAUACAGUUCAGAAACUCCACAGUGGGUGAGAAUGCUUCUUAAAUUUAGUUUCUGUCCUGGAAACUCUUACUGAUAAUUACACAUGCAAUAUGAAGCAACACUUUUCUCCCACUCCCCUUCCUCUCCUGUUCUCUGAUCACUUAAAAACAUCAAAUAUAACCUGGGAAGUACGGUGUGGGGUUUUCUUUUUUUUUUUUUUUUUAGUGUCAUAUGUGAAUAAGUCACAGGGAGGUCCAAAUCUUGUUCCAUUCCCCUGCUACGUUGCAGCUUUCUUGCCUUUUGGUGAGUAAUUCCCAAACUCUGGGACCAGACAAAGGAGAUAUUUGUGCAGAUCAAGAGCUGGCUUUCUCCUCCCCUCUUAGCAAGCUGUUGAGAAAAAAAAAAUCCAGAGGAAACACAAAUUUUGUUAAAGUGAUCCCUCUGGGGCUAAAAAAAAAUGUGGAGUCUGUUCCAGUAUAAAUAUCUCUAAAAGAAGCUUGUCUGUGACAACAUCAAAAAGUCAGUUCCCUUCAUGAAAACACACAUGCAUGUUUGCUAGCACGCCAUGUCCUGCUUAUGUUUGUAUAAUGGGUCAGUCCAAACAAAUUAAGUCAUAUCCCUUUUCCAGCAAAAUUGUACAGGGAGGAAAAAAAUGUGAACACACACGUGGGAACUGACAAGAGGCAAGUCUGAUCGUUAGCUUGAAAGGGGAAAAAAGGAGGUCAGUUUCUAACCUGAUGUAGUUCGGUGAUCUCUGAGCAUUGGGACAGCUGUGUACCCAUUCUUGCUAGGAAUUUGGUCCUGCUAUAAACGUCCUUUUGGCAGCAGUUUACAUUUAAUUUUAGGUGGUGCUGGGCCAGGGUAAUGCUUAAUGGCAGAUGGUAACCUUUGCUUGGGGCUGAUCCAGAUGCUUCUGGAUUCUGACUCCACCUUUUUCCUCUACCACGCUUCCUAAAUUUGCACCCCCAAACUUGAUUGAAGUCCAGCAAACGUUGCAAAACUCCUGUUGAUUUCUCCUGGCAUUUUGGUCAGCAGGUAGUUACAAAAUGAUGGCUGUGCAUAUAUGCUAAGAUUUGCCCUGGCCUUGUGGCACUUUCCUUUGGCUACUUUAACAAGGUCAGCGCAUAUGGUCAGUCCUCCACACUGUUAACUCAGCAACAUAUAUUUACACUUUGCUUUGGUAUACAGUAAUGAUAAGUCUCCCCUUGUUUUUCUCCCCUGUAGCUUCAGAGGGAGCUAUCUUGAAAGGAUAUCCGGUUGCUGAUGUUUAUGGUCAUGGCACUAGGAAGAGGCAGCUCCAGUUUUAUAGCAGCAGCAGCAGCCUUCAUUUGCAAAGCAUCUUUCCUGGUAAAGGGAUUCGAUGAAUUUUGCUAAAAGAUGCUCAGAACGAAAUGUGGCCACCUCUGAGGGAGAACACAGUGAGUGUGUCAUUACUGGCUGUUUAAUUGUGUGCAGCAGCCCUGUGCAGACGGAGUAGGCGAGGGUUAGUCAGCCCACUGCAAAACUGCAGGUGGAGUUUCUUUUUAACCAGUUGAUUCAUAAUCACGUCCACAAAAUUUCAUCAGUCCUCGUCUUGUUUUAAAAAUGGAAGGAGGCAGACAUUGUUCCCUAGGGCUGUCUUCUGCCCAGUAUUUAGUGUUUCAUUUAGAGAAAUACUCCCGUUAGAGUCAUCCCUACUCCUUUCAACUCAGGAAACCAGAAGCAGGCUUUGUAGCUGGCAAUGAGAGUCCUCAGAUUAAAGGUAUUUUGAAAAAUGUUGGAGGUUUAAAAAAAAAAGAAAGAAAUCAGGAUUCUCAUCAACCCUAUUUUUUCCACAGAACACUAAAUAUCUGUUUUUAAACUCUGCACCAGAAUGCCAGAUACUGUGGUUUUAAAACGGUACAUGGAUAUUUCAGCGGAACUGAAAAUCACAAGUGUUCCCUGCGGGCUGGGUUCUGUAGUUGGAUUAUUAUCUCCCAUCAGACAUUUAGCUCUUUUGAUGCUCUCCCUCACCGUGACACGUGCAGUUCAGUUGAGGACGUGAAAGCAGGCAACGCCCAAGAGAAGAGUCACGGCAAGAUUUGAGAACAGAAUGUUUCUCAGUUUUGAUUUUUCACCCCAAAAGCUGGGCUUCCUCACAGGCACCACCUAGCCACUGCUCUGCUGGUACUCUUUCCCUGUGGUGCUGCCACUUGAUUCUACCUUGUCCCUCUAGCAGCAUGCUGUAGGCCGUGGGAUGUUCUUUCUGACAGUAGAUCCCAGAAAAUGAUUAAAUUAAAGGCAGUUAUCUUAGACUUGACUUAAGAUUUUUCACUAGCAGUGCAGAAAGUAAACAUCUUUGCUGAAGAAUGCCUCUCCCAGUCCCCAUUAGUGGAUUGCCAUGUCUUGCAUCGGUGUGAGCGUCUAGUCCCAUGUAAGGCUUGUUAGAGCAUUUGUGCUUAAGGCCAAGCAUUCCCAUAGCUGGAAUUUCACAAAGGAAUUUUAACACUCCUCCUGGAAACAGGUGCCAUAGGGUCUAUAUGAGCCACUGAGUAUUCAGGUCUAGUCUUUUUAACCUGCCACAAAUCUGUGAGGAUACAAAAGCUCUGCUUUAGACUUACAAAGCUGCCGGUUCUUUUGUUGUUUGCACACAGUGAGAGAGAUCCCACAGUUUUCCAUGGAAGCACAAAUGCUGGGUAGUGACUGCUUUGCACAAUGUCUUAUUGGUCUUGUUUGUGUCGUCUGUGUCAGAAAUUACAUCUCUUAUUUUUCUGUGAUGUUACCGUUGCAUAUGAUGGCCAUGCCAUGUCUUCUAGGGCUCUCUGCUUGACUUCACAUUAUUUUUUCAUAAGGUACAAAUGUAAAAGAUCUACUAUUGCACUCUCUUGGACUGUAGGGGAAAAAAAAAAAAGGGACACAUUCCAACAGCUGCCCUUGUAACAGUGUGAAUCCUGACUGGUAAGCCCAGUGAGACAGAAAACUUACCAUUUGCUUCCAGUGGUCAAGGUCUUCAGGUAAGGUCACUGGGAGAAAAACAGAAGGGCUGUUGAAGGUUGUGCAUUCUUCUGUGCUAUUUGGAUGCAGUCCUCGACCUGCAGCGUUGCCCUGGGAGCUUUCUAUUUCAGGUCCCCAUGCAGCCUCAUACCAAGAAGGUGCUGAGCAGCAGUACAGGUGCAGCUAGUAACACCUGCUCUGCGCUUACCCAGCUAUUCCAUGUACCUGGUGCCAGUACGGUACUGAACUCCAAUGCCUGUUGUCGAGGCGUAUGUUUGAGUUCUCCCAACUUGACUGUAAAAUGGAAGUUUUUAGUCAGUUGCUUUUGAAUUCAGGAGGAAAUAAAUUCAAUCUGGGUAAUGCUGGUUUUCUUUUUUGGCUUUAGUCUUUCUUUUAGAAAAUACAAAUCCUUUUAAUCCCUUCUGGUAUUUUCCUUAAGGUAUCCACAUCCCCUGGAGAUAAUGGGCUGCCAUUGCUUUUCCUGCUGCAAUUUGCAGUCAUUUCACUUUUAGGUUUCUGUUGGGCAUAUGGCUCCAGGUGUUACUUUUCCUUCUUAAUAGCUGUUUCUCAUAAGAGUGGCUCCUGUCACAUCCUUUCAAUGCAAGGGGACUACUGGAGGCAUCUCCUUCUGUAUAAAGUUGGUUACCAUCAUGGAGGCCUUUGUGCUGUACUGGUGAAAUGGGACUGGGGAAGAAAAUUCUGGUGUUAUUAGUCAGAAAGGGCGGAUAUGCAUACACAGCAAGCUGUGGUCAGAAAAGCCUUUUUGUUUUAGGAAAGUAGGCUACAAACAGCUUGUGUCCUAUCCUCUAACACUGUGAUUGCAUUCUGGGAGAAAAUGGAAAGGAAGGGUUUUGUAAGCCUUGGGCAUACCCAAUCCCAUUUCAUCUCAGACCUUCUUUCUUUUUCUACCUUCUGUAUUUCAGGCAAGUGUCUUUGACUGUUUGGGACCAUCUCUUCUUUCUUCUCUGGGACUGAAUUUCCUCUCUGUAAUUUAUCGGUCACCGACUCAUCUCCUUGCGUUGCCUGCCGUGCCCUAAGCUGUUUUCAUGUCUUGAUGGAUCAGUGGACAUCGUUUUGAGUUGGACCAGCUGAAGCUGGUCCUCACAAAUGUAUUUUGCCCUUACCUCACCAAGGAUUCGUGAGACCCAGUAACUUAGAGAGUUGAUUUGAGUGUGCUGAGCAGCAUCUGUCAUCCUGAGAACGGUGCUUGCUCUGUGUUGUCGGACGUGGCUGUCAAGGCCUGAGCAGCUCUAGUGAGCAAUGGAGGGUGCCAGCACAUGGCUACUGUUAGUAUAUUUUCAGUAGGCCCGUUAUUCCCAGGAACAGAGCUUUAGCUGAGUGCCUGCUGGCACACUGGUAGUUGGACUGCAAGAUUCAGUCAUUGCAAAGGGCUUUAAACCUCUCUUGGGAUUCUCUUGCAAACUACAAACCAGGGUCAAUCACAGGGCUUCUCCUGCAGUGACAUGACAAUCAGAGCUGUGUCCUUUUGGCAUAACAGAAACGGGGAGCCAGCCAGAGUACAGGAGCAGCUGGUAGGACAACUUCUGCUUUGUCUUUGCUGGGCAACCGUGUUACUACCGAAGAGGCCAUGCCCUGAGCUGCAGGCAGUGGGAGUUUGUCAGGAGAGGUUUUGUAUGUGCUUUCCUGUUCCCAUACUCUUCCCUGCUCAUUUACUGUGGCUGGGGCAAGAGAUGGGCAUGAUGCAGUGGUGACCAUUCUUAGCUUACUUCUCUUGUGUGUGAAAACAGACAUUUAGGCAGUUUGUUGAAAAGAGACUUUCUGCUUUUAGCCAAGUGAGAGGCCCUGGUAUCUUUGUGACUGCCCACUCUGCAUAUGUUGCAGGUUGCUUCCUUGAGGGCUUACCUAAUGUACAGAACCACUGCUUCUUUCUGCAGAGAUCUGUAGCUCUGAUCAACACUCCAGGCUGAAUCUUCAGUCCCGUCUUCUGAGAGCAUUGUGCGUUUCUUCAGCCCCUUGAAAGCAUCCUUCUGUUGGAAAUCAUUUUUUUCCUUGACUCUCCCACAGGUCAUGAGCAAUAUGUUUCAGACAGAAAGUCAAAGGAUCAACAUUCAAACUCUCACCAAAGAGAAAUGUCACGUUUUUGUGGAUUUAAACUGGGCAGCUUAAAGUACUUGCAGACUUGCCUGUAAUGACUGCUCCUGCGACUGAUGAACAACGCAGAAUUAGGCAGGUCACACAAAUCCCCUGCUUGUACUUCAUUUUCUGUAAGUAAGUUUUACAGGUACCACUGUCUCACAGCCAAUAAUGCGGAGGUUGGCGAGUCACAGUGUUUGUAAAGCACUCUUAAGACACAGGGCACUAAAUUUGGAUAAUAACGAACUUAUCAAAAACUCUGAAAGGAAUCAAGUAAUUGAAGUAUGCAUCAUUAAGUCAGAGUUGCAUUGUGCUAGCAUGGGUAACUGGAUGACCAGAGACCCGGUGCAUGCAUUUGCAGGGAGAAGAGUGGGAGCUGGUGUCAGUGAGUUGCUCUGCUUUGUCUGCCUCCUUCCAUCCUUCUGGGAUACCACGAAAGUCCAGGCUUAGAUAAAAUAACAGACAUCAUUGUGGAUUCAGCACCUAAACAGGGAGCCUUGUUAGCUUAGUUUCUGCUUAGUUUCAGCGCAGGAGCUUUUCAACUAGCAAAACAAGUCAUCUUGGUGGCUGUAUGGGGGAAAAGUGGAGAAAAAUGAGAAUGGCAGGCAGAUCAGACAGGAUAGGGUAAUUACAUGGAUAAAGCAGCCAAGGCUUUGAAGGAAGCAUGUUUCCCUUGGUGUUUUGGUAUGGAUAUCAUCAAAAAGACUGCAGGCACUUGUCCUGCAUGGAUUAGAGACGAUGCAAAUCCCCACCUGCUUACUGGCCAGGUGUUACAGGCAGAGGCAGAGAUCAAGUGCCGGUGUUGCUGAAGUGCACUGUCACUGAGCAACAAGUAAGCAUCAGCAUGGGGCUCUGAUAAGCUGCUCUUGGCUGCUGGCCAUGAACACAGAGAAAUAAGCAGUACAGCUCUGGAUCAGGAUUUGACCCACAUUCCUCCUUGCAGUGUAGUUCAGUGUAUGCUCCUCAGAUAGCCAUUAUUCUACGAGGACAAAGAAGACCUUGUUAUCUAGAUGGGCACAUCAGCAAAAGCCACGUUCACUUGCUGCUUCAGUUUCAGAGAGCAGGAAAAAGGACAAAGCAAAUGGUCUUAAACUUUUUCCAAACAUUGGGCAAUACACCGUGACAGUUGCCACUAAAUAUUAAGUCAGAUGAAAAGUGAUUAAGAGCCUUAUUUGGAUUUCAUAGCUCCCUGAGCAUCUCAUCUGAGCGCUGUCUUGGGAAGUUAAUGUUAACAGAGUGCUUAUUCUCUUCCUUACAUUUUUGUCUUACAUUUUUGACUAGCAGGCACUAUUUCACAGUUCCAGCAGUGAGUGUAGGCAGAAAAAGGAAAAGAAUACUUCCUUGAGUCAUCAGGCAGUCUAGGAGCAAGACUGAAGCCAAGGCCAUUGUUAGCUAACAGCCAUCUACCCUAUAAAGGUAAACAUUUAGAGGUUUAUAAAUGCAUUUGGGUAUUGAUAUCAUAGUAUUAAUAGCAUGUUAGUGCAGGAUGGAGAGUCAUCUUUUUGGCAGAAUGGAAGAAGAGAAUUGAACGAGAGUUAUCUUCUCUUUAGGAUGAUUUUUUCUUUUUUAGUAGAAAAGGAGAAAGAAAAAUCCUUUUCCAUUCAAGAGCUCAUGGUAUGGUUACUUCUCAAAGAGCCUCAGCGCCGGCAGGUACGUCAUCCUCAACACCUAUGGAAUUUGAUUUGGAUUUGAGCACUGAUCUCAAAGGCAACAGCAGAUGAUAGCUCUGAACAUUUCAGCAGGCCAGCUGCUCUUUCUCAAAGUCCUGCUCAAGAGACAUUUAUACUUGUCUUCCCCCAGGCCACAAGUUCCCCAAAAGCAAGGCAAACAGGCAUACUGACAGGAACCACUGCAAGGAAAUGAAUUUUGAGCCAGCCCUGUUGUAAUGCGGACUUAAUGGUGUGGUUUUAAGACGUGGAGAGCACAGAGGAACUCAGUCUGAGAUGUUCCUUAAGGUAGUUCUCACUUGGUCCUUCUGCUGAAAGCACUGAUGCAAUACACUUCUUUGCAGGUGUGUAUUUAAUAACUGAAGUUAAACUGCAUAGGCUAUGUCGGUACAGCUUGAUUUCUGUUACACAUUGCAGAAAGGAGUCUUUUCUGAAGGAAACUUUUUCCACGUGCCUGAAUCCCCCGGUGCUCCCACAGAAAUAAUUGUACUUAACCAUAAAAGUACCCCAAGUAUUAGCUGGUAUGCAUUGUAGCUUUUUAAGAACCCAAAGGAAUGCCACAAAAUGGACGAGCCAAGGCCUUUGCUGGUGUGCAUUAAUGUGAUUUCAUGAAGCUUUCCAUGGCCUUGUGGACUUCUGGUGGAGGUGGCACUUCCCUGGCAGCAUAGAGCUUUGAGUUGGUCCUCUUUUAAAAAGGUAAUGUUCUUGAGAACGCCCAGUAAGUUGAAACUUGUUGGCUAUGGCUAGAGGUGUUUUAUGUGCUCACGGUGUUCUCAUGAAUUAGUGCCUCCCACAAGAAAGAUGUGUUUUCUAGAUGGCCACGUUGAUGUAGAAGCAAGGCUUCCUGAUGCUUGGAUCAGUUUUCUUUCUCUGUAUCCCUCUUGCAUGUUCUGCUGUGGUCCCUGGAAUCUGCUGAGGCUGCAGCAGGACCGGGCUUCUAGAGUACUUGUGCUAAACUUAAAGAUAUCCUGGCCUCCUCUGAGGGCACAGACCAUCUCACCUCCUUUUAUGGGGGGGCUGAAGACAGUUUUAACUUUGGAGGAAGAGCUGGGCUGAAAAUAAACCUACUUCAAGGCAAUACCUUAAGGGCAUCUUAUAUCUAAUCAGUCCAAUAGCUGUGACCAAGCUAGCCUUGACUACCUCCCUGGUCUGCCCCGCAGUAGAUUCACUGUUGGCAUUACUUCCCCGAGGACCAAUGUGGAAGUGACGUGUUCCCCAUCCCUGAACGUUCCUGUCUUUUAAGAACACAGUCUUAUUAGACUUUGUCUGUUACUAUCCUGGCUGCACUUCCGUAAGGUCACGCACAAAGCUCGCGCUGUGCAGGAUGGAGGCUGUGCGUAGCACUGCAGAGAGCUGAGUGUACCUCUGCUAACAGGAGGUGGGUCUUUAUGGCAGACUGAGGCCGACUCAGUCGCUCUUAGUGAGGGUGACAAUUGUGAUGAGCCCUCUGGAUUCCGGGCCAGCAGGACCACCCCUAAGACCCAAGGCGUUUCCUGUUGCAGAGAUGCAUGAUCUGCCUUACUACCCUUAAAGGUGCCUUGUUUGGCUUCUCAAUAUAACUAUGCACCAAAGGCAAGAGACUCCGUUAUCCCUGCAGACAGGAGGGAGAGCAAGGAUGACCUGGUGUGAAACAGGGAAAGUGAGUUUCUUUUCUUUAUCCUCCAAGUUUUCUGUCAACAAUCCUGCCUCUGAUGCUCCUACAUGUAUGUGCUUUUGUUUCUACCAGAGCAUAAAUCACUCUGAUUAGGAGGGAGGAUUCUUGUAUUUUUAUAUGCUGAGCCAUUUGGUUGGUUAAUUUAAUAAAGUGGCACACAGAUGAACUCUGAAAUUCACUGCCAUCUGCUGCUCCAGUACAAUCCAGUAUUACUGAUACAAAGGUACCUACCUUCAGAUAAAAUCUCGUGCUGAAAGCACUGAGUGACCACUCCGUUGAACGAAUACUUACACCAUAUGGUUGUGUUGAUGCUUGUGAACUUCUGUAACCGUUCCUAUUUUAAAGCAAUGGGUCUGAUCUGUGUGGCUCCGUACCAGCUUCUUAAUAUCUACGAAGACCAGAUGUGCGUGCAUAUAUAUAUGCAAAAAGGACCUUAUUGCUGUGGCUGGGGCUGUGGGACCCUGGGGUAGAUUAAUAUUACGGAUGUUUACUGUGUAGUACGCUGCUCUUUGGUGUAAAAAUCCUCCCUGUCUGCCUGGGGAGAAGGCAGUCCUGUGGCUCAGGCUGAGAUGGUUCGUUGCGUUAGGAGGUGUGACACGACAGGGAGCUGUCCCUCUUUUUCCCUUCUAUCAUGGAAAUGUUCCUUUGUUCUCUCUUUGUGUAGCUUCUCAAUCUGAAAUAAAAAUCACCCCAAAUAGAA